GACAUCCAACAUAACCAAGCAUGGCCAACGGCGCAAACCAAUCACCAGGCCUCUCCCUAUCACGGGACACCUUUGCAAAACUCACACCGGGCCCCUUCUUGCACGCACAUCUCAAGCAAGCCCAGCCCACCCGACCAAACGGCCGUCUCCCGCACGAAUUCCGCACUCCCACCGUCAACACCGGCUCCCUCACACACAGCAAUGGCUCUGCAGUAGUGCGAGCAGGCGACACCGCCGUCGUCUGCGGCGUGCGCGCCGAGCUGCUCCGAGCAUCAGACAUCCCGCACCCGCCGAGCGAGGACAUCCAUCCCGACGACCUGGUGGAGGAACUGGGCCUUCUCGUGCCAAAUGUGGAGUUGAGCACCGGCUGCUCCCCGUCGCAUUUGCCUGGUAAUCCGCCCGGGACGCUGGCGCAAUCUCUUUCCUACCGCGUCUGGUCUACGCUGCUCAAUUCCCGCAUUCUCGACGUGUCGACUUUGGCGAUUCGGCAUACUGAGCUGCAGCCCGAGGACGAAGAGGUGCCGGACGCCGAGCCGAGGGUGGUGGUCAAGGGGUAUUGGGUGCUGUACAUUGACAUUCUGUGCAUUUGCUUGGACGGCAAUGCGUCUGACACGGUGUGGUUGGCGGUCAUGGCUGCGUUUCGCGAUACGGUGUUGCCGCGGGCGUGGUGGGAUGCGGAUCAGGAACGGAUUCUGUGUUCGUCGCGAUUGGCGGAGGCGAAGUCGUUGAAGCUCAAUUGUCUGCCUGUUGCUUCUACAUUUGCUGUGUUCUCUACUGCUUCGCCUUUGAAGGAUAGGGCUGAGGCGGAGAGUUGGGUGCUGGCGGAUCCGGAUGGUGCGGAGGAGGGUGUUUGUGAGGAAGCCAUGACGGUGGUCAUUGCGGCUACGGGUGAUGGGGCUACGGCGACGCUUCUGAGUCUGGAGAAGUCUGGGGGCUCGGUGAUUGGGGAGGCGGGUGUUGCGGAGCCUAUCGAAUACUCUGCGCCCUGA